AUGAAAUUCUUAAUCUUGUUCGCUCAGGCUCAUGAAAAGUUUCGCAUACAUGAACUUGAGGCACUUGCGGAAGUAGAAGGACUCGAUGUUGAUUUAUCAGGCUAUUCGGAUGACUAUCCGUACUUGGAAGUCGAGCUCGCCAGUGAACAUGAUGCAAAGCGGUUAGUGUCUCGCAGUUUUUUGAUCCGCUCAGUCUACAGGGUUUUCGGCCAAGGAUGGAGUUACGAUGACGUUCAUGCCCAAACAAAAGGCGAAAACUUCGAGUUCAUGGGCGAAAAGUCGUUCAGGUUUGACUUUAUGUGUUUCCAAGGGUCCCGGACGAAGGACCAACAAGUCGACAUCAUUAACGGUUUCCGUUAUUUGAACUUGGCUGGUCCAGUUCGCAUGAAAAAGCCUGAUGUCGCUUUCACCUUGAUUGAACAGUUUGGUCUACUUGAGAAAGAGCCCAAGUACAUUUGGUUCACUAGCUUUGUGUCGGAUUCAGACAGACACCAGAUUGACGUCUACAACCUUAAAAAGAGGCCGUUUAUUGGAACCACCUCGUUCGACGCGGAAAUGGCCUUUGUCACAUGUAAUAUGGCCAAGAUCCAGAAAAACGAUGUGGUUUAUGACCCGUUUUCAGGCACAGGAAGCUUCCCAGUGGCUGCCGCAUACUUAGAAGCCAUUGUUUUCGGUUCCGACAUUGACAUCCGGUCGCUAAAAGGAUACGACAAAAACUUCAAGUUCUAUAAUCGAGAGAAAAACCUUUGGGGUGUUUCGGUUAUGGACUUUACCCACAAUGCUCUUCGUAAGGAUCUUGUCUUUGAUGCCAUCGUCUGUGAUCCUCCCUACGGCGUUCGAGAGAUCAUCAAGGUCUGUGGAUCCAAGAACCCAGAAAAGUUUGCUGGAAAAGAGAAUGUGUUGAUUGACAAUGUGCCGGCUCAUUUGCGGCCCGAAUACAUACAUCCAAAAAGGCCGUACUCGUUGGAUCUGCUGCUCAGUGAUCUCCUGGAGUUUGCCGCUGCCCGACUCAAGGUAAAAGGCCGGCUAUCAUUCUGGAUGCCGCUCGCUAGUGACGAUCCGCUAUCAGCACCCACCCACGCCAAACUGAGAAUUGUUUCGAGCAUUCCUCAGGCAUUUAACAAGUGGCAGCGUUGGCUCAUUACCUACGAAAAACGACCAGAGGGCGAGCUUGGCGAAACAAAAUCAGUAGAAUCUAAGCAGGCGUUCCGAGCGAAAUAUUUUUCAGGCUUUAAAGAGUAA